ACCAGCAUGGCCUCCAACAAACGCAGCGGCGGCUUCAGCCACUACGGCCGCGACCAGCACACCAAGAAGCACCAGCACGCCCCUCACCGCAAUGCGCUGCCCCAUCUCCCCCAUGCGCCCCAGCCAGAGCUCUCGUCCAAGGACAUGCAGACGGGCCUGGUCGCCCUGCUCGACAGGUUUGUCGCCGAGGAAACCAUUGCCGGCGCAGACAAGCAGACGCUCUACCAUGCGCAUGAGCUCCGUCGCCGGCUGUGUGCUCGAGACAAUGGCGAGUCGGCGCAAGCAAAACGCCAACUCGACGAGAAGCGCCCCGACCGCGCAGUCCAGGUGGCUAUCCCCGACUACGUUGAUCGCAAAGUGCGCGCGGCCAAAGACCUGCCUCCCCUCCCCCCUAUCGCCGAGCCCCAUCUCCACGACGCCGUCUUCACCCAUCGCUCCGCCAUCUUCGACCCCAGUAUCCCAGGCUCGACGCUGGGCGAGGACCUCAGCCUAGACUACGAACGCCUCGAGUUGCUGGGCGACGCUUACAUCGAGCUCAUCGCCUCCCGCGCCCUCUACAAUCGCUUCCCCCACGUCGACGUGCCCGAGCUGUGCACGUGGCGCGAACGCCUCGUCGAAAACUCAACCCUGGGCAAGUUCUCCGAAGCCUAUGGGUUUCCCGAUCGCCUGAAGCACCGCACUAUAUGGGACAAGAACUCCAAGCCAUACCGCAAAGUAGUUGCCGACAUUGUCGAGGCCUACGUCGCCGCAAUCGUACUCUCCGACCCGGAAAACGGCUUCGCGACCGCCGAGGCAUGGCUCACGGAGCUUUGGGCCCCGCAGCUACUCGGCUUCAAGGAAAAGAUUAUCGAGAACCCCCAAGCGCGCAAUGAACUCAACAGGCUCAUUCUAGGCAAGGACAUCAAGCUCGUUACCAAGGAAGAGAGGCCUAUGACGUACGACUCGAACGGCAUCCAGUGCUUUCACAUAGGUAUAUACCUCACAGGAUGGGGCUACAAGGACGAGUGGCUCGGCAGCGGCGACGGGCAAAACAAAGUACAAGCCGGCGUGGCAGCCGCAGCCGACGCUCUGAAACGAGACAGUCCCAUCCUGCAAGACGCGAUACGGCAAAAGAACGAGCUCCGGGCUGCGCGUCUGAAAGAGCAAGAAGAAAAAGCCAAGGCCGACGCCCAGGCGCAGACGCACAACGACGACGACCAACAAGCUACUGAUAUCCCAGCAGCAUCCAGCCAUGCCGAGUCAGUAGCCACCACCAUCAAACAAACGACCCCACCCCAAGCCACCCCAGGCACAAAACGCAAAAACCAAGACCCACCCGUUUCACCCGACAAGAAGAAACGCAAAAAGGAAAAAACAAAACACAAAGUCAAAAGCCCAAAACAUCAACAGUAA